AAAUAGGCACAGAUAUUUAUAUUCAUACACGUGAGCAAUCUUUCCUCUCGAUGCCCGAUGCCGCGAGAUGGUACAGAUUAUUGACACGUGUCCCAUGGUCAUGGUUAAUUCCCCUCCGCACGUAGUGCAUUUUCCGAUUUCUCAGUCUCUGCUCACUCUUCACUCCCCUCUUGGCUCUUUCAACACAAACUGAAACGGAGACAAGUCGAGCUUUGAUUGGGGAAGAUAAUGAGCAAUUCUGUUGGAUCAAACUUGCUUCACCACAGUUUAUUUCACAAUCUAGCUAUAAUUAAUAUCUCUCCUUGUGUUUCUGGAAAUUAUAUAUUGUUUCCCCCUCGAAUUGCUUCUGAUUUACGAAAGCCGCCUCUAUUUACUAAGUUUAGCUUGACUGUUCGGAGGAAAAGGUCGAUGAUGAGUUCGAAUUAUCGAAAUGCUGUUGUUACUCAGGCUGUGUUGGCCACUGAUUCUCCUUUUGAGCUUGCCGGAAAAUUUAAUCUUGAAGGAAAUACUGAAUUACAGGUUAAUGUUAGGGCCCCCAGUCCAGGUUGCUUGCCACAGAUAGAACUUCAGGUCACAAAUAGUAGUGAUAAUCUAGUUUUUCACUGGGGAGGUGUACGAGAUAAUAAUGGACAGUGGGUGCUUCCUUCUCGUCAUCCGGACGGAACAGAAGUAUACAAUAAUCAAGCACUCAGAACUCCUUUCAUAAAAUCUGGCUCCACAUCCUUUUUGAGACUAGAGAUUGAUGAUCCAGUAAUACAGGCUAUAGAAUUCCUUAUUUUUGAUGAAUCCCGAAAUAAGUGGUUCAAACAUAAAGGAAACAACUUCCAUAUCAAAUUGCCGAGUCCCAAUGUUUCAAUUUCUGAAGAACUUGUGCAAAUUCAAGCAUAUUUGAGAUGGGAGAGGAAUGGUAAACAAAUAUAUACUCCCGAGCAAGAGAAGAAAGAAUUUGAGGAGGCUAGGAAAGAAAUACUGAGUGAGCUAGAGAAGGGAAACUCUGUUGACAAUAUACGAAACAAGAUCACCAAGGGCAAGAUAGAAACUAAGGUUUCAAAGCAACCAGAAAAAAAGAAAAUGUUUACUGCUGAAAGAAUCAAACGCAAGAAGAGGGAUUUAAUGCAGCUUCUUAACAAGUUUACUCCGGUGCCUGCAAUGGAAACCAUCUUAGCCAGACCACCAAGUUUAUCAGAAAUGGCCCUAUAUGCCAAGGCAAAGGAAGAACAAAGUGGUGGUACUGUUCUGAGGAAAAAUGUGUACAAGCUUGCUGAUAAGGAGCUUUUAGUACUUGUAACAAAGCCUUCUGGAAAGACAGUAAUAGAUAUAGCUACAGACUUCGAAGAUCCUCUUACCCUUCAUUGGGCUUUAUCAGAAAACCCCGGAGAGUGGCUGGCACCUCCUUCAACCAUGUUGCCGAGCGGUUCAAUAUUGUUGGAUAAUGCUGUUGAAACACAAUUUUCAAGUGAUUCUUCUAAUGAUAAAGCUUACAAGAUCCAAUCUAUACAGAUAGAAACAGAGGAAAAUUUUGCAGGAAUGCCAUUUGUUCUUUUGUCAGGUGAGAACUGGAUAAAGAAUAACGGUUCAGACUUCUAUAUUGACUUGAGUAGUGUCCACAAGCAGAUCCAGAAGGAUGCUAGUGAUGGCAAGGGAACGGCAAAAUUCUUGUUGGAUAAGAUAGCAGAGAUGGAAAGUGAGGCACAGAAAUCGUUUAUGCAUCGUUUCAAUAUAUCUGCAGAUCUAAUUGAGGAGGCCAAAGAUGCCGGUGAAUUAGGUCUUGCUGCAAUUCUUGUGUGGAUGAGGUUCAUGGCAACGAGGCAGUUAAUAUGGAACAAAAACUACAAUGUAAAGCCACGAGAAAUAAGCAAGGCUCAAGAUAGGCUUACAGGCUUGCUCCAGAAUGUCUACAAAAAUCACCCUGAGUACCGUGAACUCUUGCGUAUGAUUAUGUCAACUGUUGGCCGUGGAGGUGAAGGAGAUGUAGGACAGAGAAUAAGGGAUGAAAUACUUGUUAUUCAGAGCAAAAAUGAUUGCAAGGGAGGAAUGAUGGAGCAAUGGCAUCAAAAGUUGCAUAAUAAUACUAGUCCUGAUGAUGUUGUGAUCUGCCAGGCAUUACUUGAUUAUAUAAAAGGCGACUUUGACGUCAGUAUUUAUUGGAGAACCCUAAAUGAAAAUGGGAUAACGAAAGAACGACUUUUAAGUUAUGACCGAGCCAUCCGAUCUGAACCGAAUUUUAGGAGAGAUCAGAAAGAUGGUCUUUUGCAUGACCUGGGAAGCUACAUGAAAACAUUAAAGGCAGUACAUUCAGGAGCUGAUCUUGAGUCUGCAAUUUCCAAUUGUAUGGGAUACACAUCUGAGGGACAAGGGUUCAUGGUCGGGGUGCAAAUCAAUCCUGUAUCAGGGUUGCCAUCUGGUAUUCCAGAACUGUUUCAGUUCAUCCUGGCUCAUGUGGAGGAUAAAAAUGUAGAAGCCCUUCUAGAGGGAUUACUGGAGGUUAGGGAGGAGCUUAGACCACUGAUCUCUAACCCAAAUGAUAGGCUUAAAGAUCUUCUAUUUCUGGACAUUGCCCUUGAUUCUACUGUAAGGACAGCCAUUGAAAGGGGUUAUGAGGAACUAAAUAGUGCUAAACCAGAGAAAGUCAUGCACUUCAUUACGCUGCUUCUUGAAAACCUUGCACUUUCAUCGGAUGAUAAUGAAAAUCUCAUCUACUCCUUAAAGGGAUGGAAUCAAGCAAUAAGCAUGUUGAGCGCUGGUGACGAUCACUGGGCAUUAUAUGCAAAAUCAGUCCUUGAUAGAACACGGCUUGCUCUUACAAGCAAGGCUGAGUUGUAUCAUCGCCAAUUACAACCAUCCGCUGAAUACCUUGGGUCUAGGCUAGGAGUGGAUGAGUGCGCUGUGGACAUAUUUACUGAAGAAAUCAUCCGUGCUGGAUCUGCUGCUUCAUUAUCUGUACUUCUUAAUCGACUUGAUCCCAGUCUUCGCAAAAUUGCUAAUCUGGGAAGUUGGCAGGUUAUAAGUCCGGUUGAAGCAGUAGGGGUUGUAGUUGUAGUGGAUGAGUUGCUUGCAGUUCAAAAUAAAACUUACGAACAGCCAACCAUACUGGUGGCAAGAUCUGUAAAAGGAGAGGAGGAGAUUCCUGGCGGUACUGUUGCUGUGCUGACACCUGACAUGCCAGAUGUCCUGUCUCAUGUAUCUGUUAGAGCAAGAAACAGCAAGGUUUGCUUUGCCACAUGCUAUGAUCCCAAUAUUUUCUCUGACCUUCAAGCAAAAGAAGGAAACUUAUUGCAUCUAAUACCUACAUCUGCCGAUAUAGUUUAUAGCGAGGCAAAGGAUAUCGAUGUAACAGGUUCGAGCAACCUUGACAAAGGUAGUCCUGGAGGGUCUAUAACACUGACCCAAAAAAAUUUUGGUGGAAGACAUGCCAUAUCAUCUGAGGAUUUCACAAAUGAAUUGGUUGGAGCCAAAUCACGUAAUAUUGGAUAUCUAAAAGGAAAAGUGCCAUCUUGGGUCGGUAUUCCAACUUCAGUUGCCCUACCUUUUGGUGUGUUCGAGAAAGUUCUUUCGGAUGAUUUAAACAAGGGAGUAGCAGAAAAGGUGCAUAUCCUGCAAAAUAAGUUGGAAGAAGGGGAGUUCAAUGUUCUCCAGGAGAUUCGUCGGACAGUUUUGGCACUUGCAGCACCGCCACAAUUGGUACAAGAAUUGGAAACAAAGAUGCGAAAUUCUGGCAUGCCUUGGCCUGGUGAUGAGGGUGAGCAGCGGUGGGAUCAAGCAUGGAUGGCUAUCAAGAAGGUUUGGGCUUCAAAGUGGAAUGAGAGAGCAUACUUCAGCACAAAAAAAGUAAAGCUAGAUCACAGCAUUCUUUGUAUGGCUGUCCUUGUUCAGGAAAUAAUAAAUGCCGAUUAUGCAUUCGUGAUCCACACUACUAAUCCAUCUUCAGGGGAUUCGUCAGAGAUAUACACAGAGGUGGUUAAAGGGCUAGGAGAAUCUCUUGUUGGAGCCUAUCCAGGUCGGGCUUUGAGCUUUGUGUGCAAGAAAGAUGAUCUCAACUCUCCCAAAGUAUUGGGUUAUCCAAGCAAACCUAUUGGCCUCUUUAUUAAACGUUCCAUUAUCUUUCGAUCUGAUUCCAAUGGUGAAGAUCUAGAAGGCUAUGCUGGUGCUGGCCUUUAUGAUAGCGUGCCUAUGGAUGAAGAAGACAGAGUAGUUGUUGAUUACUCAUCCGACCCACUAAUAAUCGACAGUGACUUCCAGAAAUCCAUACUGUCUAGCAUUGCUCGUGCCGGAAGUGCAAUUGAAGAGCUCUAUGGAUCUCCUCAAGACAUCGAAGGAGUGGUGAGAGAUGGAAAGAUCUAUGUUGUCCAGACAAGACCCCAGAUGUAAGCAAACCUCUGGUUUCAAGAUCCAAAUAUUGUUCGAAGGCAAGGAACUAGAGAUUGUCUACCAAACAAGUUUCUGGGAACAUAGUUUAUUCUUUAAACGGUUAAAAGGUUGUAAGAAGAGUCAGCUACUACUGUAACAUUACAAGAGGUUGCGUUUAUAUUACAGAAAAUAGUUGUCAACUUAUUGUACUCGUCAUUCGCAAAAACAAAACAAAAAAAAACUUAUUGUUUAAUGAGCAUUAACCCGUGUUUUCUUUUUUUA